AUGUUCUUCACGCUCCGCAACUUCAAGUUACACUUGAACCAGAUGAAUGAUCUUGGUCUCGAUGUUGCUACAUUUGCGAUCACCAUGGCCAACGCCCUUGCGGUUCUCCAUUGGGAGGUGAAAAUCGACGCUGCCGAUGUUGAGUUUGUUCUGGGAAGUGCUCCAACGGAAGGUCAUGUUCGAGCACCUCCUUAUGCUGAGUUGAUGAAGAUGAAACCAGACUCAAGCACAUAUAUCAUUCGUGGCGGUAUGACAUUUCAUCAACGGGUGGUGCAUCUUUGGCUGUUAGAUUUUAAUAUGUGCAAGGAGAUUGAAAUGAAUGAUGGAGGAGUUGCUGCUGCAGUUGAGGCAUUUGCACUGAAUGACAGGUACUACCCUCGUCCUUCAGUUGACGAGAAUCUGUGGAACAUCUUCUGCAAGCAGUAUGAGAAAACAGGUGAAAGAAUUUUCGCCAAAACACAGUUUAGAGAUCUGCCCAAGAAGUUCACCAAGGAUGUUGUGGUAGAAAUGCAAAAGCGCGCGCUGGUCGGUAUUAAUUGA